GAGCCGCCGCCGCCGUACGAGGCGGCGCAGGCGGUGGCCGGUCCGCCGCCGCCGCCGCCGCCACCGCCGCCGCCUCCGCCGCUGUCGGCCGAGAAGGCCACGCCCUUCGAGCCGCCGCCGGCGUACGACGACGCCACCAACCCGGCCAAGCUGCCGAGCUACGACGAGGUGCAGCAGGAGAAGGCCCGCGAGGGUGGGGCGCUGCCGCCGGCCGAGCCGCUCCCGGAUGAGCUUGACGAGGACCGGUCAGCGCUGCACCUGUGGCGCAUCUCGUCGGUCGGCCUCGAUCCGGAGGCUGCGGCCGCCCUGCACGACCAGCAGCUGCUCGGCACCGACCUCAUGUUCUUCACCGCCUUCCUCGCGGCGUUCCUCUUCAACUGGAUCGGGUUCCUGCUGCUGCUGUGCUUCUGCCACUCGGUGGCCGGACGCUACGGAGCGCUGGCUGGCUUCGGCCUCUCGCUCGCCAAGUGGACCCUGAUUGUGAAGAACUCGACCACGCUUGUCUCGCACGACAACUCCUGGCUCUGGUGGCUCAUCAUGGCGUUCGGGCUGGUGAUCUCUGUUCGCGCCAUGCUGCAGUACCUAUACAUCAAGCGCGAGUGGCGCCAGCUGUCGGUCGCCGCCCGCCAGCGGCUCAUCUUCUUCUACUAGGCGGUGCCGCGGCGCCGUCGCCCCGGGCGUGGCGUGGGGACGGCCUGAGCCCGACCCUGGGGCGGCGGCGGACCGUUGCUGGCGGCGCGCUCCCGGCCGGGCCGACCGGGGCGUACGCUGCCUCCGGUCAGUCGGCCGCGGGUCACCAGCACUUGCUGCCGCACCCGCCGUGUAGGGCUCUGUCGAGCGCUGCCGCAGCCACCUCCAGUCUGAUAGCCCGCUUGCCGGCCUCCGUAUCAAGGAUAGGUUUUUGGUUUUAUUGAUUGACGUGGCUACUUCGUUGCGGGGACUCCGUUCCGUUGCCGCGGCGCUUUCUGACCAGUGUAAAAGCGCAAGGCCGUUUGCGCGGCCGCCACUGCACUGGCUGUAUGUAGCGUGCAUGUUUGGAGUACAGUUGGCCGCCACGGGCCAUGAUAGCGUGUGACUGUGAUCCGUGUUUCCGGCUGGGGGGACGUGCAGUGUUGGAUGCUGCUGAUGUGAUCUAGUAGGAUAGGAGGUAUACCUUCAUACGCCGGGGCACCUAAUGUUGCAUAUGGGAUAUUGGCGGCGGCAACAGCGCUUCUUACAGUGUGCAUUCCCGAUCCUGCCUAAUCGGAGGAGCCCACGCUCCGCCCCUCGCUGCUUCUGAGCGCCGUCUUGUCCCGACGGCGUUGUUGGGGGACAGCCACAUAAGUUUUAAAUGUGCUGGACGGCGUAUUGGAUACAUUUAAUGGGGACUGGAUACACACUUUGCUGCAUUAAUCGCAGGCGUAAUGGCAGGUCGUGAAGAGGGCAGAUGCGUUCUAUCGUUUUACUACUUCUUCGGGAGCUUUUGUGCCGCACCUGUCGAACUGGCGCCACCUUUCGGUGGACCGCAUCUCCGUGCGCCUGUACUAGAAUGUGAUGUUGCGUUGGUGGUUUCCCUAGUGGUUCUUCGGGCCCCAGCUUAGUCGCCGUGUCUGCUACUUAGCAUUGAUGGCCAUGCCUGUCCGGUCAAACGCACAGGCGUUGUCGGGUUGUCCAGUUGUCGUCCGCGGGGUGGGCCCCGUUUCCGCCGGUUUCGGUAUCGCUGUCGCCGGUGCGUCGCUCGGUCGGCAUUUGUCGAGGACAUAGCCGCCGCCGCGCUUUAUCCGCUAACCACGCGCCUUCACGUCCUCUAGUCGCCUCGAAGCUAACCGUCGUGUGCACUUGUGUGUUCUGUCCAGUCACCGGUCGUUGUUGCGAGGCGGCCGUCGGCACUGGCGCCUUGAACGCUGUCUGCGGAGCCGCCACGAGGCCCGUCACCGCCGGGCCACGCGGAUGUCAGAGGAGUCGUCAUUUAGUCCAAAAUACACCUAAACUACCAUC